AAACAGUACGUUUUAUAUGUCAUCUGCGGAUCCUCAAAUAAGACCUUCUCCCUGCCUGCUAGGGUUUUCUGAAAGGAACACAACGGAGCAGCGGCAGAGCCUUACAACCACCUUAAAAUGGCAAGGAUAAAGGUUCAUGAGUUGAGGGAGAAGUCCAAGACAGAGCUGCUGGCCCAGCUGAAGGAGCUCAAAGCAGAGCUCGCUCUCCUCCGUGUUGCCAAGGUUACUGGCGGUGCCCCUAACAAGCUCUCCAAGAUAAAGGUGGUGAGGUUGUCAAUAGCGCAGGUGUUGACUGUGAUAUCACAGAAACAGAAAGCCGCACUCAGGGAAGCUUACAAGAAUAAGAAGUUUCUGCCUCUUGAUCUCCGUCCCAAGAAAACUCGUGCCAUUCGCAGACGUCUUACUAAACACCAGGCAUCCUUGAAGACAAAACGUGAGGAAAAGAGGGAGAUGUACUUCCCGAUGAGAAAGUAUGCAAUCAAAGUUUAGGAUAGUGCGUAGCGCAUUUGGUAUAGGUGCAGCCAUGCCAGCAAUCAUUUUGUUUCUGCAUCCUUUUUUGGACCACUUUAUUUGUGUCUUCAUCUCAAAAUUCAGAAUUUCUUGAUUUUGGUUGCCCGCACUUUGGAUAUCAUAUUCCUAUUCUAUCUUGUUACUGCCAUCUUCACUGAUCGAGUUGAUUAUUAUUGAAUUCCA